AUGGCAUAUGCUGCGGUUGAUCUCAAAUCUAUCGAGACUCGGCUAUUCGUCAACAAUGAGUUUCGCCCGUCAUCGAGUAACAAAACAUUCGAAGUGGUAUACCCUUACACCAAAGAAGUUGUAGCCCAAGUCCAAGAAGCCGAUAUCAAAGACGUUGACGACGCCGUAGCCGCAGCAAAUGCAGCCUUCCCCGCCUGGCGCGACCUAGGCACAGAACAGCGCGGACACUACCUACGCAAACUAUCCCAGCUGAUCCUCGAGUCCAACGAUGAUCUAGCAAAGCUAGAGACAUUAUGCAUCGGUCGCCCAAUAACCCAAUUCUUCGAUGCCGGCCUAGCAGCCGAAUACUUCCGGUAUUUUGCUGAUGCAGGCUGGAGCGCACAGGGAACAGCCAGUCUCAAUACCCCCGACCAUCUGAACUUGACGGUCAAGCAACCGUUCGGCGUGGUGGCGCUGAUCAUCCCGUGGAAUUUCCCACUUAUAAUGUUUGCUCUUAAAAUGGCGCCCGCGCUGGCAGCUGGUAAUACAGUUGUGUUGAAGAGUAGCGAGAAAGCACCCUUGACGUCCCUCUACAUGGCCAAACUAAUCCAAAAAGCCGGCUUCCCCCCAGGCGUCGUCAACAUCCUCUCAGGUCACGGCGACCCAGCCGGCUCAGCACUAGCAUCGCACAUGGGCGUCCGCGGUAUCAGUUUCACAGGUUCCUCCGCAACAGGACGAAAGAUCCAAGUCGCAUCCGCCAAGUCCAACAUGAAGCAUGUGCACAUGGAGCUAGGCGGUAAAACGCCAGCGAUCGUGUUCCCCGACGCAGAUGUCGCAUCAGCAGCCGCACAGACACAAUUCAGUAUCCAGUUUAACAGCGGACAAAUCUGCGUUGCAAAUUCACGAAUCUACGUGCACGAAUCUAUCGCAGAGCAGUUUAUCAAAUCCUUCCGUGAACAUUUCGCCGCUGUCAAGAUGGGUGAUCCCAUGGAUCCUACAACCACACACGGUCCGCAGGUUGAUAUGAUACAGUAUGAGCGGAUCAAGGAGUAUCUUGCUAUUGGGGAGAAGGAUGGGAAGUUGACUGCUGGUGGAGAUGCGAAGGAUGGCUUGUUUGUGAGGCCGACUGUCUUUGAGGACGUACCUGAGGAUUCGCGGUUGAUGCAGGAAGAGGUUUUUGGACCGGUUGUUGCGAUCAAUACCUUCUCUACCGAGGAGGAGGCGAUUGCCAAGGCGAAUAAUUCUGAGUUUGGUUUGUAUGCGUCUGUUUUUACUAAGGACAUUGAUCGGGCUGUUCGUGUGUCUAAGGCUUUGGAUGCUGGUACUGUUGGUGUCAAUUGCACUAGUCCUACUGGGGCGAAGGAUUGUGCUUUUGGGGGCUUUAAGUCGAGUGGCACUGGUCGUGAGGGGUUGUUGCAUAGUCUUGACAGUUUUCUUGAGAUCAAGACUAUUUUGAUCAAGGCGGUAGCGCGUCUGUGA